AUGGGCGUGGUGACCGAUAAUAAAUUGCUUGAUCUCAAUUUCCAAGAACUUAACAUUGAGGACAGAAUCAAGUUUGGAAGUAUGAAGUCGUCAAGUACGAUGCUGGGAAAUGCGAAACCAGAGAAUACCUCGGACGUGGACACAGAUACAGAAGAACAAUUUCAGCUUAAUCCAGAUCACGUGGUGAUCGAAUGUGACGACGACCCUAAACUAUUGUACAAAAUAUCAGAUAGACCUCCCAUCCAUCUUUCUAUUUUCUUUGCCUUACAGCAAACCAUCAUCUCGCUGUCUCAUAGUCUGGUGGUGUCAGCCUUUGUGGCAGAUGUGGCUUGUGCGUCUGAUCUCCUAGACAUCAGAAGGGACCUUCUAAGUUCUUCUCUGCUAAUGAAUGGAGUUACUACGUUGUUGAUGGUCACGAUUGGAGUCAGGCUACCCGUGUUUCAAGGAGCUACAGUGGACUACGUUUUGCCUUUCCUGGCUAUGAAGAUGAUAAAUCCGGAUAUUUGCAAACUCUCAAAUGAGACGGACACAAAUCAAAUUAGCAACAUUAGCAUUUCCAUGAACGACAGUUCUCUGGUUAAUACAGCAAGCGAUAUGGAAUUAAAAAGGAGCCUUGCCCUAACAAAAUUGUCGGAGUUCCAGGGAUGUUUGAUUCUGGUCGGAUGUAUCCACUCCCUGGUAGGACUGACGGGAAUAUCCGGCCUUGUUAUCAAGUUUGUUGGACCCAUCACAAUAGUCCCGGCCAUCUUACUUAUGAGUUUGUUCGUGUGCCGUAGCGCCGUGAACUUCUGCAGACAUCAAUGGGGCGUAUCUGUUCUCACAGCCGUCACCUCUCUGGUAUUGUCGAUGUAUCUAGGCAACCGGAAGAUGCCAUUCCCUGCCUGGUCAAGGAAAAAAAGAUUUCACAUAAUUUGGUACCCAUUUCAUCAAGUUUUCUCGGUCCUCAUUGGAUUACUGGCCGGCUGGGGUCUGUCGGCAGUACUGACUUACGCCGGAGUUUUCUCAGAUGACCCCUCAAAUUUGGACUACAUGGCCAGAACGGACGCACGAGCGGAGAUCAUCACGAACGCCAACUGGUUCAAUGUUCCUUACCCAAAUCGAUUUGGAAAACCAUCUUUGAACACCUCCGUAUUUAUUGGUUUUUUGAUUGGUACGCUUACAUCAAUCAUCGACUCUAUCGGUGAUUAUUACGCAUGCGCAAGAAUUUGUAGCGUGCCCCCACCUCCUCGGUAUGUUGUCAACAGGGGUAUUGCUGUGGAAGGAAUUGGUACUAUCCUGUCGGGGAUAAUGGGAUGUGGUCACGCUACCACUACUUAUGGUGCGAACAUCGGGGUCAUAGGGCUCACAAAGGUAGCAAGUCGUGAUGUUUUGCUGUGGACGGCGAUCAUGUACAUACUGUUCGGACUUGUCGGUAAAGUAUCAGCAUUUUUCAUAACUAUACCACAUCCGGUCCUAGGUGGCGCCAUGAUAGUCUUGCUCGGAAUGUUAAAUGGAAUUAUCCUGUCCAACCUCCAAGUGGCAUCACUUUCCUCUACUCGGAACCUCGCCAUCAUCGGAAUCUCUCUACUCAUAGGUAUGAUGGUUCCCUACUGGUUAGAGGUCUUUCCGGAUGACCUCCAAACAGGUGGUUCCUACAACAAUUACAUUGCGAAGACACUCCUGUCAAACCCUGUCCUGUGUGGGGGUGUCACAGCGGCCUUCCUAGACAACACGGUUCCAGGUACAGCCAGAGAACGGGGAAUUACAGCUUGGCAGGACCCGGGGUCAUACGGGCAGGCGGAUUACCAAGAGGGACCAGAAGUGUACGCCCCUCCUUUACCCAGACGUUGGCUCUCGUGGAGGGGGAUGAAGUACAUCCCCUUCUGUCAGUAUAAGGCUGACGAGGGCAGCGAUGAGAACUGA